GCCCAGAUAUGGCAGAGGAUCUGGAUCCACGUACAACCCUGAUCAGUGGCCAUGCCAAGUUGCCAUUGAAUUUUUACAUCUCUUUACCUGCACCAGGUCGACACAGAAUAGUCCAUCGAUCAUGUCUCCGAGUCUCCUAUCAACGGUGUACAUUCAAUUCCAACUUUUGUCUGUCUUUACCCCAUUCAAUAUCUCUGCAAUUUCUUUUUAAGUAGAAUUAGCUUCUUCACAUUGCAGCUUAAUUCACUUCCAUAGUCCCCCUAUCACCACACCCUGUAAACUUAUGGAUUCUCUUCUUUUGCAAUGGGUUUGCUUGGUCUUCAUAGUUACGAGUGCGCUGUGCGGUGUAUUUGCAUGGCCGAACGAUCUCCCCGGCUCGUGGGAGCUCCUGGUGGCCGACGCCGGCAUUGCCUCCAUGCACACUGCCGUCACACAUCACAACACCGUGGUCCUUCUCGAUCGAGCCAACAUCGGCCCCUCCCACAUAAUCCUUCCCCGGGGCCAUUGCAGGUUUGAUGGCCACGACGCAGUUCUCAAACAAGACUGCUACAGCCACUCCGUCGUCCUUGACCUACAAACCAACAGAAUUCGUCCCUUGAUGAUCCUCACCGACACUUGGUGCUCCUCAGGCCAGUUCCUCCCGGACGGUACGCUGUUAUCGACGGGUGGGGACAUGGACGGGUUCAAGAAGAUCCGAAUGUUCAAACCAUGCAAGGCGGACGGGUUCUGCGACUGGGACGAGCUAAAAGACGUAGAAUUGGCGGAGGGGCGGUGGUACGCAACGAACCAGAUACUACCGGACGGUUCCGUGAUAAUUGUCGGUGGGAGAGCGACGAACACGAUCGAAUAUUUUCCGCCGAGAAAAGGAGCCGUUUUUUUGCCAUUCCUUGCGGACGUAGAGGAUAAGCAGAUGGACAAUCUAUACCCUUACGUCCAUCUACUUCCCAGCGGUCACAUUUUCAUCUUCGCUAACGACAGGGCGGUCUUGUAUGAUCACGAUAUUGACAAAAUUGUCAGAGAUUUUCCACCUUUGCCCGGUGGCCCACGGAACUACCCAUCAGCGGGCUCAUCAGUGAUGCUGGCCCUCCAAGGGGAUUACUCGAUGGCUGUGAUUGUGGUGUGCGGUGGUGCACAGUUCGGUGCGUUUCUGCAGAAGAGUACGGACGCCCCGGCUCACGGUAGCUGCGGCCGCAUUGUGGCGACUGAGCCCCACCCCGUUUGGCAAAUGGAAGAUAUGCCAUUCGGGCGGAUAAUGGGGGACAUGGUUAUGCUUCCCACCGGUGAGGUUUUGAUUAUCAAUGGAGCUCAGGCAGGGUCUCAAGGGUUCGAGAUGGCCACCAACCCUUGUCUUCACCCGGUUCUUUACCGCCCCGAUCAACCCGUCGGGUUACGCUUCAUGACGUUGAACCCGGGAAUUGUUCCCAGAUUGUACCACUCCACCGCGAACCUGUUACCGGACGGGAGGGUUUUACUUGCGGGAAGCAAUCCGCAUUACUUCUACAGAUUCAAAGCCAAAUUUCCGACCGAAUUACGAAUUGAAGCAUUUUCGCCGGAAUACUUGUCGGCGGACCGCGCUAAUCUCCGACCGGAGAUCCAUGGAAUUCCCGAAACAAUACGUUACGGGGAGGUUUUCGAAGUCUCGGUGUCGGUUCCGUUGCCGGUGGUGGGGAUAGUGGAGGUCAAUUUCGGAAGCGCGCCUUUUGCAACGCAUUCAUUUUCUCAGGGUCAAAGGCUGGUGAAAUUAGCCGUUACAAGCGCGGUUCCUAACGGUAACCUUUAUAAAAUUGGGUGCACGGCGCCGCCAAAUGGGAUGGUUGCUCCGCCGGGUUAUUACAUGGCCUUUGCCGUCAACCAAGGUGUGCCAAGCAUCGCCCGCUGGGUACAGGUCGUUGACUAAUAUUUUGGAAAUUUGAUAUUAACUCUUUUAAGUUUUUAAAUGCGAUAUCAGAUAAUUGAAAAGCAAGUAAAAAUAAUAAAUAAUUUUUCUAAUUAUUUGAUAUCACAUCUAAAAUAUGAUAAAAAUUUAAGAAUUGUAUAUUUUUAACCUUUAUUAUACUUUUUCUUAUUUUCCUUUGUAAAUUAGGUAAUUUUCGAAAAAAACCAAGCAAAACAUGUGGCAAAGAAGAAGAGGUGUUGAUGAUAUAGAUCAUAAUGGCUAAGGUUUUAGUGUUUGUGUAUGUAAGAUAUAAAUUAUGUAAGUCUUUUUCUUCAUGUUUAUUU